UUGACGGUUUUUAUUACGACGUUCAAGACGUGGUUUGCGCUUAAAACUCUCAGCCCAUAAAAAAGACUGAUUUUUUUAUAUUUUAAGAGUGUUCGGAUCCAAUAAGGAAAUUCAACUUUUUUUCUAUUUGUAAAAAAGAAAAACUGUUGGAUUUUUCUUUUUUUUUCGUUAACGAAUAAAUAAUAACAAAAUAAACUUAAAUUUGGAUUAUAAAACCAUAAUAAAAAAUAUAAAUAGUCAUUAUGUCAGUUAGUAUAAAAAUAUUUACUAUACUUUUAGUGGUGGGGUCAAUAGCAACUGCACAAAAGGAAGAAUUCCAAUGUCCUUCACAAGUUGCAAAUGGCAAUUAUGCAGAUCCUGUUACUUGUCGUCGUUUCUAUCAGUGUGUUGAUGGUUACCCCUACCUAAAUCGUUGUCCCUCUGGUCUAUACUUUGAUGAUUUACAGAAAUACUGCACCUUCAAAGAUGAAGCCAAAUGUGGACCAUUAGCAACAACACCAGCUACAAUAACCGAAGCACCUGCUGAUAAAGCACAAAAGUGUAAUACCGAUGAAUGUCAACUGCCAUACUGUUACUGCUCAAAGGAUGGUACACAAAUUCCCGGUGGCUUAGAAGCUGAUAAGGUUCCCCAAAUUAUUAUGUUGACAUUUGAUGGUGCUGUCAAUUUGAAUAAUUAUGAUCAUUAUAAUAAAAUCUUCAAUGGUAAACGUAAAAAUCCCAAUGGUUGUAAUAUACGCGGUACAUUCUUUAUGUCACAUGAAUACAGCAACUACCAACAGAUCCAACAUCUUGGCUAUGCCGGUCAUGAAAUUGCCACUGAAAGUAUUUCACAACAACAGGGUCUUCAGGAUAAGGGUUACGAGGAAUGGGUUGGUGAAAUGAUUGGUAUGCGUGAAAUUUUACGUCAUUUUGCCAAUGUUUCUGUUAAUGAUGUUGUUGGUAUGCGUGCACCAUUUUUGAAACCUGGCCGUAAUACUCAAUACAAGGUUUUGGAAGAUUUCGGUUACAUUUAUGACAGUUCCAUCACUGUGCCCCCAGUACCAGUACCCGUCUGGCCCUAUACUUUGGACUACAAAAUCUCUCACGAAUGUAAGAGUGGUACAUGCCCCUCAAAAACUUUCCCCGGUGUUUGGGAAGUACCCCUUAACACUCACUACGUAGAAGGUUUCGAAGGUGGUCACUGUCCCUACUUGGAUCAGUGCGUCUUGCACAACUUGGAUGAAAAUGAAGUAUUCGAAUGGUUACAAGAAGAUUUCUCACGUUACUAUGAACAAAAUAAGGCUCCCUACAUGAUGCCAUUCCAUACAAAUUGGUUCCAAACUAAGCCCUUGGAAAAUGGUUUACACAAAUUCUUGGAUUGGGCUUUAGAACUUCCCGACGUCUAUGUCUUGACCAUCACCCAAAUGUUGCAAUACAUGACCGAUCCCAAGGAAUUGCGUGAAGUUAAUACUAUUGAAUCCUGGAAGUGUGAUAAGAGUGUAGCUGUUGCCCCUAAACCCUGCAACAUUUGGAAUACCUGUGCUUUGUCCUUCAAAAUUCCCGAACAAAAUAUUACCGAUACCCGUUACAUGGAGACAUGUCGCGAAUGUCCCAAUGUUUAUCCUUGGUUGGGUGAUGCUGCUGGUACUGGCAUUCAAGGACGUGAUAGUUAUAUCUUCUCAGGACCCGUACAAGAAGCCGAUGGUGAAAGUGUUGAUGAAAACUAAUCAUACACACUCGUACAUACUUUUCUUGUAAAUGUAAACAAGUAGAAGAUUUAUAUCCAAUGAGGCAUAUAUUUAUUUGCUGCAACACAAAAAAAAUUGUGCCAGGAUUAUAUUUUUUUUGUUAAACUAUUUUUUUUGUUUUAUUAUUUGCAAUACUAUCUUUCUACUGUUUUAUUUUUUUGUUUACCUUAAAGUUUUAAUUUUAAUUUUUGUUUAAACAUUUUUUUUAGUUUUGUGUCAAUUUUUAAUUUCUUGUGAAAAAGAUGUAAACUAGUUUUUAAGCAAGUAAAAAAAUGAAACUUAAAGUGUAAAAGUUAAAACAAAAAUUUCGUGUCAACUUUGUUAGUAAAUAAGUUAUCAAUAAAUUUUACUUUUUUAUAUAAAACACAAA